GGCGCGCUGCCGCCGCGCUGGGACGGGACGGGACGGGACACGGCACGACACGACACGACACGACGCGACGCGACGCGACGCGACGCGACCGAACGGUGCGGAGUGGAGCGUUGCGGUCCCAGGCACGCUCGGCGGCAGCACCCCCGCGCCCAGCCCGCUCCGCACCUGCCGUCCCGUAUGCGCGGCGCCCAGCGCGGCGCUGCCGCGGAGCAGCCCUAGGCAAAGGCGAGCCCCCGCCGCCUGCCCGAGGGGUUUGCUGCGGGGCCAUGGGGGUGGCAGGCACCGAGCUGCCCAGCGGCAACGUGAGUGCCAACCAGAGCGCCGCCGACCCCACGCUGUCGCGGGACGUGUGGACGGUGGGCAUGGGGAUCCUCAUGUCGGUGAUCGUGCUGGCCAUCGUCUUCGGGAACGUGCUGGUGAUCACCGCCAUCGCCCGGUUCCAGCGUCUUCAGACUGUCACCAACUAUUUCAUCACCUCGCUGGCCUGCGCUGACCUGGUGAUGGGGCUGGCCGUGGUGCCCUUCGGCGCUUGUCACAUCAUCAUGGAGAUGUGGAAGUUUGGGAACUUCUGGUGUGAGUUCUGGACCUCCUUGGACGUGCUCUGUGUCACAGCCAGCAUUGAGACUCUUUGUGUCAUUGCCGUGGACCGGUACUUUGCCAUCACCUCCCCUUUCAAGUACCAGAGCCUGCUGACCAAGAGCAAGGCACGUGUGGUCAUCCUUGUGGUGUGGGUGGUCUCUGCCCUCACCUCCUUCUUGCCCAUCCAAAUGCACUGGUACCGGGCAGACCGUGACGAGGCCAUCCUGUGCUACGAGAAGGAUACGUGUUGUGACUUCUUCACCAACCAAGCCUAUGCCAUUGCCUCCUCCAUCAUCUCCUUCUACCUACCACUCGUGGUCAUGGUAUUCGUGUACGCCAGGGUCUUCCAGGUGGCCAAGAAGCAGUUGCAGAAGAUAGACAGGAGCGAGGGAAGGUUUCACACCCAGAACAAGGAGCAGGAGCAGAAAGGGGGAGCUGGGCACCGCCGUUCCUCCAAGUUCUUCUUGAAGGAGCACAAGGCCCUCAAGACCCUGGGCAUCAUCAUGGGCACCUUCACUCUGUGUUGGCUGCCCUUCUUCAUCGUCAACAUCGUGCACGUAAUCCAGGACGACAUCAUACCCAAGUACGUGUACAUCCUCUUGAACUGGCUGGGCUAUGUCAACUCUGCCUUCAACCCUCUGAUCUACUGCCGGAGCCCGGACUUCAGGUAUGCCUUCCAGGAGCUCCUGUGCCUUCGCAGGUCCGCCCUGAAGAUGUAUGCCAACGGCUACUCAAACAGCAACGGCAAGAGCGACUACAACGAGGAGGACAACGGCUACCCCUUGACAUCGGAUAAAACCUGCGAGCUGCUGUGCGAGGAGGGCUCCUUCCCGCACCCCGAGGAGUUUUUGCACUGCAAAGAGAUCCCUGGGUGUCCAGGCAUGGUUGAGAGCUGAAUGGGCUGACCUCUCUUCCUCACCAUCCUGAGCUCAUGAGGGCUCUGAAGAGAUUCAGUGGGAUCAUGGCCUUGCUUCUCUGAGCCUGGGGAUGCUGUGGGAAGUGAUUGCCUUGGCAAAUGUCUUCAUCCCAACCCAUAGCCCAUCGUGCAUCACCUGAAGGAGAAGCUAAUGAAGGAUAAUCAGAGGACCAGGAAAGGCUCUACUAGCCUCAGAGGACACAGAUGGGGGACCGGCACUGAGAGAGGCACUUUGCAGGAACCACUGCAUGUGAAACCAGCUCUGGAAAGAAGUUCCAGGAGCCCUGUGAACUGAUGGAGGUGAAUGUCCAAAUCACCACAAAAGGUGCAGAGGGCAUUCACUGGCACAGCAUCCUUGGAAAGCACUUUCAAAAGGGAAAGGGGUGUCAGGACCACAUGGCUGUCUCCAGUGGCUGGUUUGGAAGAGGCACAGCAAGGUCAGGAGACCAGCAGGACAUGCUCACAUGUGCUGGGUGAGGCUCCAGCCGGAACAGGAAUCUGACCAAGACUGAGAGAGAAGGAGCGUGGAAGAUUGCUUUGACGCAUUCUGUGCUUGUUUUUCUUUCUGGUGUCUUCUCUGUCUACCUCUUUUUCUCUCUAGGCCUGUGUGUACUGCGUGAGGGGCCCAGACCCUCACAAACAAGAAGUGUUAGCACAGCGCAAAUCUGUGCUGCCCAGUGCAGUGCUGUUGCUAGGUAGGCUGACUUUGCACAGUGUAGAUGUAACGUGGUCUUCAUUUGCUCCUUAUGCCAACAAAUCUGCAACUGUAAUGCCUGGACUUCAGACAGGAGAAAGGCUUGAACCUGGCAAUCUUUUUACUUGCAAGCAGUCACAGGUUAGCAUGACCAGCCACGCUUGGGAGUCAAGUUUUAACACACGAGCCCCAAAGCCUUCUAGAGCAUCUGUCCCUCUCCUAUAGGUGUGGACAUGAGCGUGCCAGCAGGCUGCACAUUCGUCUGCUGUAAAAAGCUCCUUCAGCAGAGAAAGAAACAGAAACAGAGUGAUGUGGGCUCAGGCAGAAAAUAGGAAAAACUGAUCCAAAACCAUAGGAAAAUGUGCACCUCUUAACAGAGGUGGUGUCCCAGCUAUAAGCCCAGCUGGGUGGCUGUAGGUUCACCGAGCUGCUCCCAGAGGCCUGGGCAGAACUUGCUGGUACCGAACUGUGCUGGGAGCCCCAUCUCAGACGUUCUCCCUCGGGCUUCCAGCUGCACACCCCUUCCCUCACGUGCAAUCCUAUUUAUUUAUUUAUUUUCUUGCUGUUUGAUGCAAAGCUGCUAACAGAGCACCCUCCCCACCGACAUCCGCAGCCGAGAGAGGAUGGAGAGAGGGAGUGUGUGCUCUGUGUGUGUGAUGGGAGCGCGCAGCGGCAGGCACAUGCCCUGAGUGGGCACAUGGGAUGUGCACGAGGCAAGAGGAAAAAGCUGCAGUUAAACCAGAAAUGCUGCAGGGUAUGUGUCUCUGUUCAUGUUUCCUGGCUAGAUCGUGUCCUCCCAGCGCUCCCAGCUGUAGUGAAGCAUGUGGAUAUCCACUGUGUGGACAUCCUGGCUUUGGACACCCACAGGGAGCUGUAUCCCCAGCCAGGGAGGUUCCUGCCAGCAUGCUUGCAGAGGUUUAAUACCUGGCAGCCUUUUCUGCUCUGUCCAAAAGAGAUAUCUGUGUACAAACCCGUUUAACACAGCCAGUUUGAGACCAGGAGACAGGAGCCUCCGUAGACAAUGCUGUAGCUGUGCUGUAAUGGUUCAUGCUCAGCCAUGGCUGGUUCUACCCAUUUUGCUAAAAGGCACACCAGCAGCAUCCACGUAUGGUCAGGUAUCCCAUUUUACGGAAAGCCUGUGUGUCCCAGUGCAGAAGGGAAUCAUUUCUCUGGAGAAGGGUUUCUCCAGUGCUCUGCUGCUCUCUCACAGCUCCCAUGCUUAGGAGGGAGCCAGGGUGCCCGGACAUCCCUGGCAGGGCUCCCAGCUGCUCCAGGGGAGCCUGGCUUCUCCCAUACCCUUCCCUCUGUGAUGCCUCACCAAGGCUUUGUCCAAACCUGUCUGGCUGCUGAAUGGAAAUAUUUCCCAACCAAAACCUGCUCCUCAGAAGAUUCCUGGCUGGCUCUAGUCACUUAUUAUGAACUGGAAACACUGCCCUUGGGAUUCGUUUUCAGGUUAGAGACACGCGUGGGAUCGUUGCAGUUCUUUUUCUCAGAAAUCCUCUCAUGUGCAAGAGCAGGUUGCAGUAAGUGAAAUGGAUACACUUAAUCUGAUAAUUUGCCAGCAUAGCCCAAAAGCAGUGACCUGCUUUUUGCUGAUUGCUUCCUUGCAGAGUUGUAAGAGUUGGAGAUAGAAGAGGCAUAUUACAAAUCCAUCUGCCUAUGACCCUUCAGGCCUGUUCCAUGUGUUACGUUUACUGGUGGUGUGCUGGAUCUAUUUUUAAAUACCCUGACACGAGGGUUAUUGUGCUGUCCUUUGGGAGAUUGCUCUGUAGUCCAAGUCAGAAGCUGCUAUUAGUAUUCCACCUGCAUUUCUUCUUGAAAACUUCAUUCCGUUAUUCCUAGUGAUGCUCUUCAAAUACCUGCUGCUCAUUAUGUCCCAGCCAGGCUCCACCACUCGACCUGCGCUCCUCUUUCCUCCUCCAAGAAACUCUUUGUAUCCCUGAUCGCUGCUGCUCCAGGUCCUUCCCAUAGUUUGGCACAGAAUGAGCCUGAUAAUUCAGCCGUGCAGAGUUUUAUCAGGGAUUCGACCAACCAGGGAGCAGCCAGGACCUCUGGCAAUGCCCAGUCUCCACAGCGGCUGUGGAGCUGCUCUUUCCUCACUGCACAUGGGGUGCAGGAAAGGGGCAGGCACAGAGAUGUGUCUGAAAGCACUGGCAAUGAGCACUCCUACCCUGCGGGGAGUGAAUACCUGCCAGGGACAGGACACAACAAAGUCCCCAUCUCAGCAAAGCCCAAACUGGGCAACGGAGGUGGGUGAUGCUCUAGUAUUGCCUGUGUGGCUGUACCAGGGAUGGGCGGGGGCAGACGUCUGUGCUGUGGCAGGGAGCUGUGGUCUGUCCUGCAUGGAUAUGGUAUCCAUGAGCUGGAACCACAGCUCUGCACGGAGGGAGCCCUGUGAGCAGCACGGGGGCUCAUCAGGCUCAGCGCAUGCUUGGGGAGUCUUUGUGUACAGCGCUCGGCUGGAGCACCAUUGUGAUUGUAAGAGCUCUGUUCUUCUCACCGAACAAAUCGUUCCUACAAAUAAAGAAUGAAAAGUCCUUC